CAAACGCGGUCGGUGCGCAUGCGCGCGGCCGUUGCCCGGUGGGGUGGGGGUUGCCGUUGGCCCGCGCGCGCGUGUGGGGCGCCGUGUGCCGCGGGGGCGCGCAGCCGGCAGCGAGCUGGCUGCGUGCGUCGUCGUGGCCGUUUUAGAGGAGGCUGGUGUGAAAAAACAGGUUGCGGAGAAGGUGGUCGCUUCAGGGGGAGGCAUAUUCAGAUCAUUCAAAUUACUAUGGCAAUGGCAAGAAAUAUGAUGAGAGCUGUCAGAGUUUCUGAAUUUGGUGGCCCCGAAGUGCUGAAACUCCAGUCAGAUGUCUUAAUUCCUGUUCCGAAAGAAAAUCAGGUAUUAAUUAAAGUCCAUGCCUGUGGGGUAAAUCCUGUAGAGACAUAUAUUCGUUCUGGAACUUAUGCUAGAAAACCAGCUUUACCUUAUACUCCUGGCUCAGAUGUGGCUGGUGUUAUUGAAAGUGUUGGGGAACAUGUGACUGCAUUCAAGAAAGGUGACAGGGUUUUUACUCUUGAAACCAUCUCUGGUGGAUAUGCAGAUUAUACAGUUGCUGCAGCUAAUAGAGUCUUUCCUUUGUCGGAUAAAUUGGACUUCAAGCAAGGGGCAGCAAUUGGAAUACCCUAUUUCACUGCUUACCGUGCUCUUUUCCAAAAAGGACAUGCCAAAGCAGGGGAAAGCGUGCUAGUCCAUGGUGCCAGUGGAGGAGUGGGAAUAGCAGCAUGUCAGAUUGCCAGAGCUCGUGGUUUAAAAGUUUUGGGUACAGCAGGAACAAAGGAAGGCAUGAACACGGUUCUGAGGAAUGGUGCUAAUCAAGUGUUUAAUCACAGAGAAGCGAAUUACAUUGAUAAGAUUAAGGAAUACACAGGGACGAAAGGAUUUGAUAUAAUAAUAGAAAUGCUUUCUAACGUCAAUCUUGCUACUGACUUGCAUCUGUUGUCCUAUGGAGGAAGGGUGAUGGUUGUGGGCUCUAGAGGUACUAUUGAGAUAAAUCCAAGAGACACUAUGAGUAAAGAAUCUAGCAUAAUAGGAGUUGGUCUGUUUCUUGCAACUGAGGAGGAGAGAAAUGAAUGUGCAGCAGCAGUCCUUGAUGGUAUAGAAGCUGGCUGGCUGAAACCAGGAAUAGGCUCCGAAUAUCCGUUAGAGAAUGUAGCUAAGGCUCAUGAAGACAUUAUUCAUAGCAGUGGUGCUCGAGGAAAGAUGGUGCUUCUUCCAUAAAGUCUUUUGCCUUUUUUUUUUUUGGUAGGUGUUCUAAUUGCACCUUUGCUUACAUGGUUCAUUGAACGUAUUUUACAAUACAUACUAUUGAUCAGGUUUGAGAGUAACAACAGAUGGUGACUUGCAUAUAUUUCAUUAACAAUCUAUUCUGUGUCUGUAAUAAACAGAGUUGCAUAUA